AGAUAGCAAAGAUCAACGGCCGAAGUCUCCUAAUUUGCGCAAGUGGGACCUUGGCGCUGUUGCAGCAAGCACAGAUAGUGCGGGGCGGUCCAUUGAGAGCUGGAGCGCGGGGGUUUAAACCUUCCUUUCGAGUAUCUUUUAACGUCACGGUGGUCACAGCACGGCCGUGAGAUGUGCAGAUCGGAUGAUGGCAGGAAGCGCCGAAGCGGUCCGUACUCGAAACUAAAUCUCCUCUUCGUGGUCACAGCACACCCGUGAGAUGUGCAGAUUGGAUGGCACUGGCAGGAAGGGGGUCCGUACUUGAAACUAAAGCCCCUCUUCGUGGUCACAGCACACCCGUGAGAUGUGCAGAUCGGACGGCAGGAAGGGCGUCCGUACUCGAAACUAAGGCCCCUCUCUUAGUGGUCACAGCACACCCGUGAGAUGCGCAGAUCGGAUGGCGGGAAGCGGUCCGUACUCGAAACUGACGCCCUUCUACUUGGGACUUCGCCCCGCCCUGCAACCUCAGCGCCGGGAAAUUACCGUGAGGUACUAAUCCCGUCAACGAAGAAAAAACGUUUAUGUUUUCGGCGCGGUCUUAUCAUUUGAAAGUGAGACGUGUGGUUGGGCGGGAGUCGAGGUUGCGUUUUUUUUGGCGAAGCGGGAUGGGCUAUGCCUCGGUGAAGGAAGGAAAGCGUUUCUUCAGCUUCUUCAGCUCGUGUGGUAAUGCCACGCUGACACCGCGAUCGCCUGCUGAGGAAUCGAAUCGAGGAGGGGGAGAAGCAAGCAGAUAGACGAAAGGCAGAGGAGGAAAGGAGAAAAGAUAGUGAGAACAGAGGUUGCCAUAGUCAGAAGAUAGGCUGCCAUUGUCCGAACGGAGGCUGCCAGCCCUCCAUCUGCUGUGCAAGCAUAGUUCCGCUCCGGCGGUGUCGUCAAUUGCCUGCAACCAUAGCUCCGCUCCGCGGGUGUCGUCAAUUGCUGUCACCGAUGAGGAGCGCAAUGGGCCGACAGUCAUCGUCGUCGUUCUCCUCCGCCUCCUCCUCCUCCUCCUCCUCCUCCUACUAUUUUUCUAGCUCUUUUAUCUCAUGGCGCGAAUCGCUUAUCUUCCUUGUCGUCUUGAUGCUCGGGUUGAUGUGCUGCCCUCCCCUCGUGUUGUCCUCUUCUGACGAUCUUACCGGUGGCACCUCCGCGUCGGGAUCCCGUGAUCUCCAUUUCGGUGACCAUGACUUGCCGUCGUACGAUUACGGAAAGCACGGCCACGAUUGGCCGGGAGUGUGUACCGAUCCUAAGUCCAGAUUCCAAUCUCCACUGGACGUGAAUGUGUGGAAGGUUGCUCGUGUUCAGGACCUCGGAGACCUCCGGCCGAGAGCGGAUUAUCCUCGCGUGAAGGGAGAAGUGUCUCUCUUCCACAACGGGCGAACUUUCGAGAUGGCCUUGGACGGAGCUAACACGAUGCAGCUUCCGAUGUUCGACGUUGAGCCGUACAACUUCUCGACGUCAUGGAGUGCCAAGAGUUACAUCCCUCAAGCUGGUGGCUAUGGCGGCAUUGACGUGGUUUCUCGGACUUACUACCUCAAACAGUGCCACUUCCAUAUGCAUUCUGAGACUGCGGUGCAGGGAAAGUACUUCGACUUGCAGAUGCAUUGCGUACACGCUCUUAAGGGGCCACACAAGGCUCCGAGCCACGGAGUUUGGGGCGUGUUCUUCAAGCGGGGAUAUUACUCCUUCUGGGACACUUGUAAUCCAGUACUAGACAGGGUGUUUGCUGCACUACCCGCGCUUGCGCGCAAGAAGCCGUUCGAGAUCCUGCGUCUGGAUAUGCGCGGGUUCUCGCUCUCGCAGCUCCUUCCUGAGGACGGCACCUACCUUCACUAUUACCCCGGCAGUCUUACGACUCCUCCUUGCACGGAAGGCCUCCUGUGGUACUUCUUUAGCAAACCGCUUCCGAUCUGUGCGCGCCAAGUGAACUUGAUUAGUGACUUCAUCUACAAGCUCAACGGCCAAGGAAACAUGAACUUCAGGGAGCUACAGCCACUUAAUGACCGCGUUGUUUACGCUUGGGGCGAUCCCAAAAGCGGACAGUCUCGGAUCAGUGAGGAUUAGGUUACGUCUGUAAACGAAGAGACUGAUGUAGUUAGUUCGUGGGAAGUUUUGAAAAUUGCUAUCGUUAAGGACCGUAAUCUGCCCGUGAUGGCGCGGGUCUUCUAAUCCCUCUGCGCGCACUGGAUUUGCCUCCUCUUUCUCUUUCUCCGAGUCUAGUGUAAUAAGCUUUCUUUCCUGUUCGGUUCGUAAGGACCCGUGAAGCUAUUUGCUCUCUCUCUCUCUCUCUCUCUCUCUCUCUCUCUCUCUCUCUCUCUCUCUCUCUCUCUCGCUCGCUCUCGCUCUGUGUGUGUGUGUGUGUGUGUGUGUGUGUGUGUGUGUGUGUCUCUCUAUCUUUCACACACACACACAAAUACACACACACACACACACACACACACACACACACACACCUACCUCGCACACACACAUACGCACGCGUCGUCUUUUUAUGGACAUGUUGAGUUUCCUCAGAUAGUAAGGUUUCUUAUAUGUACGGGUUUUCCUUCGUAUUCUGUCUGUUCCUAUGAGGGGCACGUCCUGCUCACGGAGGUUCUUUCUUGGCCGUCGAUAUGUUUGAUGAAAUCGAUGUAUCAGCCCACGGUCU